AUGUACAAGGCGGGUGCCAUCUUGCUGUGGUGGUGCCCUUGUGGAGCCCAGCACCAGCUGAAGAUUGCAGCGAUCACCACCAGAGUGGCAACACUCAAGAAUCUGCUCCUAGGACGCCGCAAGCAUGCUGGAGCAGGUGUCAUUCUACGCCUCCCCUGUCUUCUUGCCUUUGUCUGCAUUGUUGCAGCCCGUCAUGGUCACAGGAAAAUAAGGAAUGAUGACAACCAGGUAGAUGACAAUUAUCCAAAAGACUGCUUUGAGGUACCUCGAUAUAAGUCAGAUGGGGUGUACGUAAUCCGUCCGGAAGGCUUGCACCCAUUGGUUGUCUACUGUGACAUGACUACAUACAGCGGAGGCUGGAUCGUCAUUCAGAGGAACUCCUUUAACUCAGAGAUGACCUGGGACGAAUCCUGGACAACCUACAAAUACGGGUUUGGGAAUGUGGAAAAGGACUAUUGGUUAGGGGCAGAGUACCUUCACCACAUCACCAAGCAGAAAGUGUAUCAGGUACGUUUCGUCAUCUUAGAUCAAAACAACCAAGAGAAGUAUGCCGAUUACAACCUAUUCAGUGUGGACGACGAAGCUCAUGGCUACAUGCUGCGCCUGGGCAGCUAUACUGGCACUGCUGGAGAUGCCAUGUCCUCCAUUACAGCUGGAACCACACAUGACAAUAUGAAGUUCACAGCAAAGGACAAGGACCAGGACAUUUACAGUGCCAACUGUGCAGCCAGUUAUGGGGGAGCCUGGUGGUAUGCAGCCUGCUUUGCCUCUAAGCUCAAUAACAAAAAUGGCAUUCAUUGGUCAGGAUUGUGUACUGGGAAUUGCAAGGGUUCUACCAUUUUAAUACGCCCAGCAGAUUACUGUGUAUAUUAA